CAUUGUCUUAUUGUUUAUGAUUUUUCUCUCUCUGCCGUUUCUUUCCCUUCAGUUUCUGUUUCUCUCUGCUCUAUCAUUACUUCUUCUAGUGGGAUUUACAGCUUCUACUGUUGGGUUGUUGUCUCACUGAGAGAGCGAGAUAGAGAGGAAUGGGGGAAAUCCAAAUUUGCUGACUUGGGUUUCAUUCCUUUUGCUGGGAUUUCCCCCUCUUCUUUCUUCUCAGGAAAACUAUUGCAGGUUCUUUUACUUUCCUCAACCUUCUGUUAUUGGUGCCUUCUCUUCGAAAUAAGCACUUGAAUAGUUUGGUGUUUUAGAAGAUUAUUGUCAUAGAUAAUGGGCGGAUGUGUCUCAACAGCCAGUAGAAAAACCAGAAAGAACGUCCGUAAAUCUGGCAAGCGCCGUGGAAAGGUUUCCACUUCUAUUCCUGAUGUUCCCAUUAAACGAUUUAGUGAUUCUGCAAUAGGAGACUAUAUUAGCGAGUAUGUUCAUCUUGAGUUUGAAAAGGGUGCUGCAACUACAUGCAGAAGAUCUGAAGCUUCAAACAAGACUUUCCAUCUCACUCAGCUGCAAUGGAACCAUAGCCAAAUUGAUGCAAAUGGAAUAUGCCAAGAGGAAGUAUGGUUUGAUUCUGUGAGUAUUAUAGACUCAGAUUCUGAUGAUGACUUCAGUAGUGUUUAUGGAGAUGGGUUUCCUUCUGCUGGGGUUGCAGCUGGGCAGAAACCAAGUACUCAAUUGGUUCAGUAUGGAGCUGCAUCUCGCUUCCUAGAUACUGGAAGCAAGUACGAGGGAUUCUACGAAAGCUACCUGAAAAUAGAUGGAGGGAUUCCUAAGAGCGAUGACAUUGCUGUGAAGACAAAGAAAGCAGUAGAUGAUCCUUAUGGAAGUUUUAAAAGUCUUAAAGAGCUUACUUGUGACUUUGGAGAGAAAGUUCAAGAAAAUAGAAGAAAAUCAACAGUUAUAAUGGUUUCUGUAAAGAGGAAAUCCUGUGAUGGAGAGGAAAAGACUCAAUUCUCUGGUGCAGCUGAGAGAUUGUUAUAUCGGCCAAGAGCAGGAUUUCAAAUCCCAUGUUCAAAAGGAGAUAAGCCUACUCCAGGAUGCUGGUCUGAGGUUUCGCCUUCAGUUUUUAAACUUCGUGGAGUAAAUUAUUUCAGAGAUAAGCAGAAGAGCCCUGCUCCAAAUUUCACCCCCUAUAUUCCAAUGGGUGCUGAUUUAUUUAUCUGCCCAAGAAAGAUACAUCAUAUUGCUCAACACCUUGAACUCCCUUUUGUGCAACCACAUGAAAAUUUUCCAUCGCUUCUGAUCAUUAACAUACAGCUCCCCACUUAUCCUGUAGCCAUGUUCCAAAGUGAUUGCGAUGGUGAAGGCAUGAGCCUUGUAUUAUAUUUUAGGAUAUCUGAGAAUUUUGAUAAAGAGAUCUCUUCUCACUUGCAAGACUCCAUCAAGAGACUGAUUGAGGAUGAUAUGGAGAAGGUUAGAGGGUUUGCAAAGGAGUCCACAGUUCCAUUCAGAGAAAGGCUAAAAAUUCUGGUAGGGCUGGUUAAUCCAGAGGACUUGCAGUUGAGUUCUGCAGAAAGAAAGCUUAUACAAGCUUAUAAUGAUAAGCCCGUUCUUUCACGCCCUCAACACCAGUUCUUUAGGGGGCCUAAUUACUUCGAGAUUGACCUGGAUAUACAUCGUUUCAGCUACAUAUCUCGCAAAGGGCUUGAAGCAUUCCGAGAACUUAUGAAGGAUGGGAUAGCUAACAUGGGCUUAACUAUUCAGGCACAAAAACCAGAGGAGCUGCCUGAGCAAGCACUGUGCUGUGUGCGAUUGAAUAAGAUUGAUUUAGUUAAUCGUGGCCAAAUCCCCACCAUUGUAACUAGGGAUGAUUGAAUGAUAAGGCCUCUGCAGCAAAUAGUUUUGUCACACAAAACAAUCAAGAGAAUGUAUUUUGUAGAAAAUGGAGUAUCAUCCCCACCUGUAUUGAUGUGAGAAAAUCAGAGAAAUCUUUUUUUUUUUUUUUUGU